AUGACCGACGCCGCGCAUCACGAAGUCCAAAAUGCUCCAGCAGACGGCAACCCCGGGCGACCGUCCUCUUUGUCGGAAAAGGGCAGAGAGAGCCGGCGCAGCGGAUCCGACGUUCUCGCUGGAGGUCUGGCGAAGGAAACCCUCGGUGAAACCAAUGGCCCGUCCGAAAAACGCGAAUUGAAGGAGCACGAAUGCUACGACAAGCUGGGCUACUGCUGGCCUCGAUGGAAGAAGUGGACAUACCUGGCAGCUGUCGCCUUCGUCCAGGUGUCCAUGAACUUCAACACCUCCGUUUUCCCCAACGCUGUCGCGCCCAUCGCCGAAGCCUGGGGCGUUAGCGAGCAAAAGUCCCGAGUCGGACAGAUGAUCUACUUGGUGACGUAUUCAUUUGGGUGUGAACUGUGGGCACCAUGGAGUGAGGAAUUCGGCCGUUGGCCCAUUCUGCAGCUCUCGAUGUUUCUCAUCAACAUCUGGCAACUUCCUGCUGCUUUAGCCCCGAACUGGGGCUCUAUCAUCGUCGCCCGUGGUCUGGGUGGCGUCUCUACUGCAGGUGGUAGUGUGACUCUCGGUCUAGUUGCCGACAUUUACGAGGCCGAAACACAACAGUUCCCCCUUGCUUUCAUCGUCCUGUCUUCCUGCAUUGGCACUAGUAUUGGUGGAAUCAUCGGUGGGCCUAUUGCGCGCUUCCUCGGAUGGCGUUGGUUCUUCUGGAUCCAGCUCAUUUUCGGAGGUGUCACUCAGGCCAUCAUCUUCUUCAUGCCCGAAAGUCGUGCCACCAUCCUGAUCGACCGGGAAGCCAAGCGACGCCGCAAGACGGGCGAAGACCCCAACUGCUACGGUCCCAAUGAGCUGAAGAAGCCUCGUGUUUCUCUGAAGGAAACCGGCACCAUCUUGCUGCGACCCUUCCACAUGUUGAUCCGCGAACCCAUCGUGCUCUGCCUCUCCCUUCUUUCCGGAUUCUCCGACGCUCUUAUCUUUAUCUUCCUGGAGAGUUUCACCCUUGUGUACACGCAGGGCUGGGAUUUCGGGAUUCUCGCCAGAGCUUGGGCCUUUAUUCCUAUCAACCUGGCAUACGUGAUUACGUACUUCUCGUAUUUCCCAUGGUUCUGGCGUGAUCAAAGCAUCCGCAAACGCGAGGGUGAUGACGCGCUUCCUCCGGAGCGCCGUCUCAAAUGGCUUCUCUUCUUGGCCCCCUUCGAACCCAUCGGUCUCAUAGGCUUCGCUUGGACUUCGUUGGGUAACGCAUACGGUGUCCACUGGAUGGGAACUAUGGUCUUCUCCACCAUGGUCGGUAUUGCCAAUUAUGCCAUUUACUUCUCGUCGGUCGACUACAUGAUCGCCUCGUAUGGUCCUUACUCCGCCUCUGCUUGCGGUGGUAACGCCUUCGCUCGUGACUUCCUGGCCGGUAUCUCCGCCAUGUUCGCCACGCCCAUGUACUCCAACAUCGGAGACAAGUUCCACGUCGAGUACGCCAGUACUGUUCUGGCGUGUCUGUCCUGCCUCGUCGUCAUUCCCAUCUACGUCUUCUAUUGGUACGGACCGCAGGUGCGCGCCCGCAGUAAGUUCGCGGAGUCGCUUGCUGCCGAACGAAAGGAGAACAAUGGCCGCCGAGUCAGCAAGCCCAGCAUCGAGCCUUAGUUUUCCAUAUCCGUGGCUGGCCAAGGCUUGCCCGUCUACUCCUCACAAUCUUCG